AUGGAAAGAUUCGAAGCAGAACAAAAGCGUAAACGUCUUCAAAAUUCCUUUGGCAACUCACCGUCAAGGACUGCUCUAUUCGAUGGUAAUUCCAGUCAAAAACCCUCAAUCGAUCCUGCUCUCCAAGGUCAAGAUACAACCACUGGUCAGAAAGAUGCUGAGGAAACCAGCAAAAUAGAGCCCAAACAUCAGUUUCGUUCAUUAAAAGGCGACAGGUUCAGUUGA